AUGGUUAAGUCGUCAGAGAAUAUCAACAAGAUCAAACAAGAAGCGUUAACAAAAACAAAACAAAAUGUUUCAGAUAUUAGCAAGAAGAACAAGUAUAAAGGUGUAAGAAUGAGAAGUUGGGGUUCAUGGGUAUCAGAGAUUAGAGCACCGAAUCAAAAAACAAGAAUAUGGUUAGGUUCUUAUUCAACUCCUGAAGCUGCUGCUAGAGCUUAUGAUGCUGCACUUUUAUGCCUUAAAGGUUCAUCCUCAGCUUCAAAUCUCAAUUUCCCUUUAACAACUUCACAUUGCAUUGUUCCUCAAGAUAUGUCUCCAAAAUCAAUCCAAAGAGUUGCUGCAGCUGCGGCAAAUAAUCUCAAUCUCAAUCUCAAUCUAAAUGUCAACAACACUGACACUCCCUCUUCAUCAUCAUCAAUGGCUGCUUCUUCUUCUUCUUUUUCUUCUUUUUCUGAUGAGGUUUCAAUUAUUUCGUCUCUUGAUCAAGCUAAUGGUGAAAUGAUGGAAACUAAUUGGUAUGGAUUAGAAGGUUUACAGUCUCCUAAAUAUGUUGAUCACGUGUUGUUAAGUGCUUCUUUCUUUGAUCUUGAAUAUUCAUCCUAUUUGCUUGAUGAUGUGUAUGAAGAAAGUGACAUUCGUUUGUGGAACUUCACCUGA